AUGUUUCUGUUUUUUGUUCUCCCUGUUUUUUUAAAACAAAAAUUCGGCAAAAUAUGGAAAAGCCUGAUUGUGGCCACAGACUUCUUUUAUCAAAACUUAACACUACAUAUAAAAAAUUCUAAUAUUAAGUACAUUAUUUGCACUUUACUAAAAUACGUAGAAAUAAACCUUGUCAAACAAAGAAAAGAGAUGACUAUUUUUUUAAACGAUACAAAUUAUAAUUUGAAAUAUAUUGACAACAAAUACAACAAUGCAGCAUUUAACAUAUCCAAAGUUAUUAAAUAUAAAAACAGUAAAACAACAAACAUUGAUCAUCAAAGAAAAAACUCAAUGAGUUGCAAUGGGUUGGCUGUUGAUAACUGUUUGGAAUGUAUGACAGAUUAUAUAGGUUGUGCUUUGUGUGAACAAGGUUACACUUCGGUUUAUGGAAUGAUUAAUGCUUUGAAAGAAUAUAUAUGCACAAAUUUAACAUUUUCAGAAUAUAUUCAAAUGGGAUACAAUAAAUGGUGUAAUGAAAAUUGGAAGUAUAAUGAAUCAACAGGAAAAUGUUGUGCUAUCAACUGCAGUUCAAAUACAUGUUCCACUUCUUUUACUGUAUCGUGUGCUACUUGUGCAUCACCUUAUCAAUUAGUUGAUUACUCGUGUUAUUACAACGGGUGUACUGUUCCAAAUUGUGAGAAGUGUUAUAGUUCAAGUGUUUGUACCACCUGUAAAAGUGGAUACACUUUUAAAAAUUCGACGUAUUGCGAAAAAAAUCCCAUUAUCAUUUCAAAUUGUACAGCAUACAGCGGAUCGUCGUGUACAAAAUGUGAAUCGAAUUAUUACUUAUUAAACAGCACAUUUUGCCAACUUUGUGACACAACUUGUGGUAGUUCGUGUUCUGAUUCGACGGGAUAUUGUUCAAGUUGUUCAAGUGAGUUAGUAUACACAGAUCCUAAAUCAACACAAUGUGAAGUGUGUUCUAUUUAUGAUUCAAAGUGUGUCGAAUGUCUGACUCCAAAUAGAGAGUGCCGGAUAUGUACAAAUGGAUACUACCCACCAAGUACCAAUUCCAAUUGUAUUUCUUGCGAUACGACAUGUGCAUCUACAGGGUGCAACACACAAACGGGUGCAUGCGGCAUUUGUGCAAGCAAUCAGUAUACGGUAAUAUCUGAAACUAGUGUUUCGUGUCAGACAUGUUCUUCUUUUGACUCAAAUUGUGUAGAGUGUUCAACCAUCUCAAGAAAGUGCACCAAAUGCACAAGUGGGAUGUACCCAUCUACAACAUCUCCAUUUACAUGUGUAAGUUGUGACUUAACGUGUUUGAAUGGAUGCAACACACAGACGGGAUACUGUGAGACGUGUUCAUCACAAUACACUCCCGUGAUAACACAACCUUCAAAAUUCUGUUCUUCUUGCAAUUCAAUAGACCCAAACUGCAACACGUGUUCAUCAACAGAGAGAAAAUGUUUGAGUUGUGCAUCUCCAUAUUUUGUUCACAUUAGUGGGGCAAACUGUGAUAUAUGUGAUUCGUCUUGUUCUUCGUGUGAUGCAAAUGGGUAUUGCACCUCGUGCGCAUCAAAUUAUGUGUUGUAUGACACACAAAACACAAAGUGCCAAAGUUGCGCAGACUUCGAUUCAAACUGUGAGACUUGUCCAGGUGGAAACGAGAAGAAAUGCACAACUUGCAAAACGACAAACAUGUACCCGUCACUGGAUACCGGGAAGUGGAUUUCGUGUUCAACUACGUGCGGUGGAAGUUGUAAUCAAACAGAUGGGCAUUGCACUUCGUGUGAGAGUGGUUUGGUAUUUACAAAUCCACCAUCAACAAUGUGCGAAUUGUGCAAAAACUUUGAUUCCCGUUGUGCCACUUGUGCUGACAAUGGUGUCAGAUCGUGUCUAAUGUGUUUAACGGGGUAUUACCCUUCAAGUGGUAUGUGUGUAGAAUGUUCAGCAACGUGUCAACAAAAUGAGUGUAAUACAGCAAAUAAAAUGUGCACAAAAUGCAUUGAUAACUAUGUUGUGACUUCGCCAUUUUCUACAAACUGCAUAAUGUGCUCUGCAUGGAACAAAGACUGUGUCACUUGUGCAACAAAUUUCGCACAAAGUUGCAUAGAAUGCACAAAUGGUAAAUUUUUAUCAAACAAAAAGUGUAUAGAUUGUGACUCGACAUGUGGCGGUGCCUGCAAUGGUAGCAAUGGAUUUUGCACAACAUGUUGA